UGGAGAUGAUCCGGCGCCGGAGGCCGACCCCUGCCAUGCUGUUCCGGCUCUCGGAGCACUCCUCGCCAGAGGAGGAGGCCUCCCCCCACCAGAGAGCCUCAGGAGAGGGGCACCACCUCAAGUCCAAGAGACCCAACCCCUGUGCCUACACACCGCCCUCGCUGAAAGCCGUGCAGCGCAUCGCGGAGUCUCACCUGCAGACCAUCAGCAACCUGAGCGAGAGCCAGGGCUCGGAGGAGGAGGAUGAGCUGGGGGAGCUGCGGGAGCUGGGGUACCCGAGAGAGGACGACGAGGAGGAGGAGGAGGACGAUGAGGAGGAGGAGGAAGAGGACAGCCAGGCUGAGGUCCUGAAGGGCAUCAGGGGCUCUGCAGGGCAGAAGGUAACCUGUGGCCAGGGUCUGGAGGGGCUCUGGGAGCGCCCACCCCCUCUGGAUGAGCCCCAGAGAGAUGGCAGCUCCGAGGACCAAGGCCCAGCACUAACUGAGCCGGGGGAGGAACCCCAGCGCCCGGGCCCCCCUGAGCCUGGCACAUAAGUGCAGCUCCGCAUCUUCCAGGAGGAAGUGGAGGGGGCAUCGCUGCCCCAGAAAGCCACUCUGUCCCUGCCCUAUCCGGUGCCCUUUCCUUCCCUGCUAGGGCUGCAACUUCUAGAAGACUAAGGCUGGUCUGUGUUUGCUUCUUUGCCCACCUUUGGCUGAUGCCCAGAGUCCCUGGUGCCCGUCCUCGCCAGUCCUUCCUCCUCUCACCCGACGGGGCGGGGUGGGAGGAAGCCCACGUUGGAAAAUUCAGGAAACAGAAACAAGGGUUUGCUCUCCACAGUUCCACUCCCCAGAUCCUCUCCCCUGGGCACAGGAGACCCACAGGGCAGGACCCUAAGAUCUGGGGAAAGGAGUGGUGAGAACGUGCGGGUGCCCUUAGAUCCUCUCCGCCCUCGCUUUCCGCUGGACUCCGAGUCACCGCCCCUCACCAGCGUCUGCCAGGCCCCGGGACUCAGAUCUUUCUCCGUACACAGCUUCCACGUUUGGAGAGCUCUGAUCACCCCUUCCCCCGCUGCGUGCCUGGAAGAUGGACUGGCAGGGGCCGCUUCGUUGCGUUUUGUUUGUGCUUGAUGCCGGGAAUGCCGCCUAGUACACGUCUUAGAGGGGACACAGGCGGGGGAGCCAGGCGCUCCUGGCUCCCCUCCCAGCUACUCUGUCCCCCUCCCCUUCUCUCCCGACUCCAGGCCUGAAUCCCUCCAGUGCUGUAAUAAAUCUUUGUAAAUAAC